AUGGGAUGUUUCCAUUUUGGGUUUAGAUAUGAAGUCUUCUGGCUUCCACUAAUCGCUGAGUUCCCAGAUGCAACAGUUGCUGCUCCUCUUGACAUUGCUUGGGUUUGGCACGUGCAUAUGCUUUCACCUCUCGCUUAUGAAAGGGAUUGCAGCGAGAUUGUCUCAACAUUGGUGGACCAUAAAAUUCUUGUAGGAGAAGAGCGGGAAGCUGGACUUCAAAAGGCGAAGCUCCUAUGGCACCAAAUGUACGGCAAUGAACCUUAUAAAGUUGACCUGUCAGCCCCUGCAAGUAUCGUACCUCACGUGUCAAGAAUCCAAUAUGAUAUUGUGGCUGGAUGCAGUCGCCAGAGGGUCUUUUACUAUCAGGUUUCCUUACCUCAUUACGGGGACAGGAAGUUUCUUAAAAAAGCUCUUGAAAGAUACAAACAGCAUCUGCGGUUCGCUCAAAGUCAUCCAGGUACGUUCCUUGUCCCGUGUUUUGACUCCGAUCUCAUAUGGCAUGCUCACCAAGUUCAUCCGCUGGCUUACAGAACUGACAGUAUGAAGUUCCUGGGGAAAGUCCUUGGUCACGAUGAUUCUGUUAACGAUCGCCAGCCAGGCUCGAAACGUUCAACAUCUGCGCAAACAACAAAGCAGCUGUGGUCAGCUGCUAACAUGGAGUAUGAAAGAAAUGGAAGCCUGUUUCGAGGUGAACCUCCAUUAAACAUUGAAGAACGUGGUAAGCCCGUCGAUUACUCUUCGAUGUUGAUAAAUGAGUACUCAAUAGAUGUUCUGGAGAUAGAGAUUGGAAUUUCUGAAUCCAAUUGGUAUGAACUGAGAGUUGAUGUAAGUAAAAAAGUCAGUGGAGACGUCAUUAUCAUGAAGAGAUUUAAAGGACCUGCUGCCCAUAUUUUUCAGCCUACCCCUGAUCGUCCUUCAACCUUCGUAUUCCGAGAAGAAACCAACAAUUUCUUUCAGGUAUGAUGGCAUUCUAAACUUCUAGAGGUCCUAGUCCAUCCACAAAUCAAUCAAUCAAUCAAUCAGUCAAUCAGUCAUCGUUUAUUUUUUAUAUUUUCCCUCAAAGGUUCCUUACAGGAUAUUUUACUCCAUAAAACAUGAAUAAAGAUAUAUGAACUGAUUCACGUAGGUAAAUGAAGGAGUGACCAAAGCGUUUGAAAAAACCCUGAAAAAAUUCAGUCUUGACCGCAAAUCGAACCGUGAACCAUGCGAUUGACUGGACGCAAAGUUCUGUCCUAUCCAUUAAGCUGAUCAAGCUUACGAGAGACCCAAUCUAUUUGUGUACUCACAAACUUAUUAUUGAAAUGGGUCGAUAUCAGGUCGAACAUGUGCCCAGAGAAAAUGGAUUAUGUCCAUUGUGUCGCCCAAUGUAAGGGAAUCCGGGAAACUUUUGCAUGUGGAAUCCGGAAUCUUGGAAUUUGUUGCUUAGGGAAUCCAGAAUCAUAGGCCUUGGAAUCUGGAAUACAUCUGUAGGAAUCCAGAAUCCCACUAACAAUUGGAAUCCGGAAUCCUGGGCCUUGGAAUCUGGAAUACACCUGUAGGAAUCCAGAAUCCCACUGACAAAUAGAGCCUGUAAUCCUGGGCCUUGGAAUCUGGAAAACACCUGUGGGAAUCCGGAAUCCUACUAACAAUUGAAAUCCGGAAUCCAAGUUUCCCUGAAAAAGAUCUGGGACCGAGCAAUUGGAUUCCGGAAUCCAUAGCGUGAAAUCCGGAAUGUAAGACCCAUUUCCGGUUUCGGUGUUAGAAAUACUUUGCACAGCGGUAGAGUAGACUAUUAGUAGCUGCUACUAUGUUAUGGUGAUAUUCUUGAUUGGUUUCUGGUCAAUUUGGGCAAAUGUAACUUGUCUUUGAACAGAAUCCUGUUAAAUAACUCAGAAAUGUGUACUUGUUUACGGCACAGGUUGAAAUGUACCGGAAACGUCGACUUGGGUGCUGUUUUGUGGGAAUGGCUGAGGAACCAGACCAGCGUUUCCUUUUGAAAUUGGAGCCGUUCAUCCAGAGAAGUCUUGAGGCUCCACUGAUCAUAACACAGAGGGAGGAUUUCUCAAGUGAAAACUAUGUUAAAAUUACUGCUGUUCUCCAUCCGCCUUCGCCUAAAGAGUAUCGGUUUAGAAUCAAACCGGAGGAAAGUCUAAGCUACACGAGUGAUGCUGCAACCAUUUUAAGCACUCCAAUGUUAUCUGUCUUCAAGACCUUAUCUUUUACGCCAUCUGUAGAAUGCCAACUGCAGAAGGUAUUUGGCUGCCAUGAUCGCCUGGCUUUUUCGUGUCGAGUAAUGCACCACGGGGGGAUGAGACGAGGAUAUCACCCAAUGUCUGUAGUGGUCAUCAACAAUGCUGGAGAUAUUGUAAGUACAGCACAUCUUCUCCAAAGGGGUACUCUUCCAAGCUGGAAGCAAGUCCAUGACUCGAACGGAUGUUGUACCCUAGAGCACAACGAAAGAGCUAUGUUGAUUCGAGGAAGUAAAGAUUGGGGGAUCUGUAUCGGUAGGUGGGAAAAUCAAUGUGCCAUAAAAUUCUUUUCUCUUAUUGAGAAACAAGAAUGGAAAUCUGUUUCAUCUAACCCAGAAGAAUUUUCGAUAGAGCUCAGCAAUAAAAUGCUCUUUCGUGUGGACCUUAGGGAUGGUAUAAUUGUUAUUCCUCCAGAUGUUUCUCACGUACCAGAAACAAUUGCACUUGGGUUUGCUAUUGCAAUCCUCUUUGUCCUUUGUCAGCCAAUUUCAAACGAAACACUUUUUUAUGACCCAAGUUGUCGUUGUAGCCAUUACCCCACAGAGAUACACAUUCCGGAAAACUUGAAGUUUGCAGUGGCAGCCGGUUAUGACGCCGACAAGUUUAAGAAUCACAUUAUAAGAACCACUUGUGGAAGAUGUUUGGAAUCCCGCAGGAGGGAAAUGGAAAGGAAAAGGGAAAGGGAAAGGAAAACUUAUUCUAGAACAAUAGUUACUAAUUCAUUAUUUAUUGGGGGCGGUGGGUUUGGUGGCGGUGGCUGUGGUGGCGGUGGUUGCUAGAACUUUCACGGAAAUGGUAAAAAUACUGAUAAACAUGAUGAUAACGCUGCUGGUGUUGUAUUGCGAUGAUUAUGAUCGAUGAUCGAUGGUCAUGACGAUGAGGAUAAUGCAGCCUAAAUGGGACCAUGGUAGGAACUUAGGCUAGCAACUGAAGUUGAUAAAAUGGACAAACAUAGAAACAUUGAUGAAAACUUUACCAAGCUACUCUUGCAUGGACAUUAAUGUCGUUAAAGUCCGUUUUUGUAUGAGGUAUUCUUCGAGAACAUUAAGUAAUAAGAAGUUUAUUAACCACAGCUUGCAACUUUUGAACACAAAUUGCUUGUCCUUUCCAGGUUAUGAGUGGAAACAUUUUAUUAUUAGGCAAAAAAUAUUUGAAAUUCCGCCAUUUUUUCAAACCCGGCCAGAGGAUCUGGGCAAAAACGUUCACGCAUGCUCAUUACGUUUUUCCGCCCUGAAGGCUGGCGCCGCAUUUCUGCGUUUACUAAUUAACAGAAACUGGAAACUGCUUAAUAAUAAAAAUUAUUACAAUGUAAUAAAGUUCUUUUUACAGAUGGCCUUUGUCACAUAAUGUGGUUUUCAAUAGGGCACUGGGGCACUGCAUAAAAAGCUAAAAACUACAGUACUAAAAAUUAUAAGAUAUUAAAUUAGGUGAACUAAAAAAACGUCACACUAAGCUAACGUAUUGAGAUUUAAAAUCUUUAAGUAACGAAAUUUUAAAAGCAUUUUAAGGUAGACAUCUCAUGUCUUCAGGAAGGGAAUUCCAGUCUGUCAAUACACUAUUAAAGAUCUGAGUAGAGCCCAGUUCGUGUUUGAUCUAAUAAAUCAAAUAGUUUCCUUGGAGCGGGUGUUAUGGCUAUGAUAGUCUGAGUCUCGAGUAAUCAUACUGUUUCUUUCACUGUCAUUAGUAAAAUUAUGCAUAAAAAAACACCGUCGCAUUAAUCUUUUGGCUGAUAGAUUCAUUCAGUUCAGAUCUAAAAGUGCUUGGGUUGAAGAAGAAUGCGUCGCUCGCUCCAGCUAGCUUGGCUGCUUUAUUCUGAAGAACUUGGAUAGAAUCCAUUAAAACUAUGUUAUUUUUGUAAACCCAUACGAUACUUUCAUAUUCAAGAAUAGGAAUGACCAUCGUUGACACAUAGAUCCUUCUUGCAUAAACUGGGAGAAGAUGCUUGGUUCGUUUUAAGACACCUAGUUUCGUUGCUAUUUUACUUAAUUUGUAGUUGUUCAAUGUGGUCAUGCCAAGUAAGAUGUCGGUUUAUGAUCACUCCAAGGUACUUGAAUUUGGUAACGUUCUCCAAUUACAUCAAGGUAGCGUCCAUACCCCCGUGCGUCUUUGUGUUAGUAUUUCCUUUGUCCCUUUCAUCUUAUUCCGUAAUUCUGAUUGCGUCACUGACCUUUUUUUUCCCGCCUAAACCAUGCACCUUUGACAGUCCUAGAGAUGAAUAAAAUAAACAACUAACUACUGCAUUUUCCUCCAUAUUAAUUUGUUAAAAAUAUCCUGCGGAAAAAGCUAAAAAUGGCAUUUCCGCCGAGACCAUAAAUUUAAGGAUUUUCUGCGGGAGCAUGUUUCCCGACUCUACUUUUUUGGUGCUAAAACUUCUCUUCCCCGCGUGCGUACACCUUCAAAAUCUUACACUAUGCGCUUGGUUUCAUACCUCUUACAAAAUUAAAGAUCAUUUGAGUUACAGAACUUAGCGGUUUUGUAAAGUGUAGUAUUGCACGUUAUUAACCAGUUAAGAAGUAAUGGCUGACGUUGUGACAGAUCGGUAUUUAAUGUCCAAGCAAACUUCCAAAUCUUAUUUCCCUUUUCGCGUGUAGAUAUUCUUGACUGUGAAUAAAAUGUCGUUGAAAAGCAAACUGCUCAAAAGGUCUUUUGAUGAUCCAAGAGACUUUUUCGUGUACAUUAAGGCAGUCGUAAUGCAAUAAAUAAUUUAGCUGACAAAUACAGGGUUCGUCAAAACAACACGAUCUCCUUCCAUUUGAUUCAGUUUCAAUACUCCAUAUACAUUGUACGUGAGGUUCAAUGUUGCAUGUCAUAGCAAUAGCGGAAAUGUUUUGGGUACAAAACAGCACCGGGAAUCAAAGUAAACCAAAACAGUCUCACAGGCACUGUGUUCGUUGUGAAGUCAUCAAGACAGGCUCACCACAAAAUAAUAAGCGGCAACACCAUGAAUGCAACAAUUAUAGCAGCCUCGAGGACGGCAGAAGAUGGAGAAUUUCCGCGCUUUUCCUUUAGUUUUCGAAUCAUAUUUUCGGCUAGUUGAGCAGGAUUAAAAGACAACUUGUUGCGAAUCACGCUAUUGUAUUAAUAAAACAAACCACCCUAUUUGCAUUGAAUAUGAAACAACUGUUACAACUUGUCGCUUUUCAAAUUCUUAUGUAUUAUUGAGAUUGCCAUGGAAAGGUUUACGCAUGCGUUUCUUCUCCUCAUGAGGAACCGAAUAAACAACCCUACGGGUUAUAAGCUCCUGUUCCUAGUCAAUCUCUUCCCCCUAGUUCCCACUUAUUUUCCUCCGCUUCCCCUAGUUCCCCCUAGUUUUUUCGUACUACCAGACGGUAAGUACAGAAAAAUGGUGCCAAAGUAAAUAAGCGUUCAAAAACUGCUCUCAGUUUCAAUAUAGAUAAAGUGACGGAUGAAGGGAAGGGGGCUUAUUCGGGCUAUGAUUGGUAGAAAGGAUCGACUUCGUGUCUCACACAUUUUUCAAUCCCUGGUCUUUUCAAAACGACGUCGUCCUGCAAUUUUCCUCUCGAUAGCUAAUUAAGGAAUGAAAAAUGUCUUGUUUUGUGACCUUCCUUGGGUUAUUGCUAGACAAACAACAGCAUUUUUGUGAAGCCAUGUGCGACCAUAUGCAAGUUCAUGUUUACAUCUUACUUUUUGCAAAGCAUGGUAAACAUAAACUGACCCAUAAAUAUGCCUCUUAUACACUCCAAGGAAGUUUUAACAAAAGCCACUGUUAGCAAUAAAGAAAAAAUUCAUGUCAAGGCGGCAAACUCAAUUUACCCUCACCCCAUCCCCGUUAUACACAGUUGACUAGGGACGAGAGAGAAUUUUAACAAGUUUUAAGUUUCCUUUGCGUGACUCAGUAUAAUUCCAUUCAAAUAAAACUGAUUUAUUAUAUUUGCUUCUAGUCUUAAACGCACUUGUUGUUUAUAUUCUGAACUCUAUAUUCCCCUGCAUGGAAGACAUUACUCUAGGGAGGGGAAGCCAUCUUGUAUUUUUUUUUUAGUUAAGUCAGUAAUUUCUACGUAAUGAUCUUAACUGAUCUGACCAGAUUAUACUUCUGCUGCUUUUUUCUGCCACUUUUUUCUACCAUUCCUUACAUGGCAAUAGUAGAAAAAAUUUACGCAUGGACACUAAUUCUUUUUUUCUUUUUUUUUUUCUCUGAUUUGAUUUGAUUUGCGUGGUUGGCGAAGGUUCAUCUCUUCAUUGUAUCUUUUCUGACCAAAAGGAAUCACUAUAUAAAAUAUAGAAGUCAGAACAUGUUAAAAUACGCCGCUAGGAACUCACUGCUUUUACUUUUGACUUCUGUUAUAUCUCUUAAGCAAGCGAAAAAGAAAACUUAUCAACCGCUUAAAAUGUGCUGACUUGCAGAAUAAUACAAUAGCGCCAUGUUUGAUAACCCUCUAUAGUCAAGCUUCAAAUUGCCAUCGAGCAAAUUAGCACAGUGGGAUAAAUGGAAUGUGUUUUUCGAAGCGACUUGUAAAUAAUGAAUUUCUACACGUGGAGGGUACAGACAGCGGGAUAAUGGUAAUAAAGGGCUGCUCGUAUCUAUUCUAGGGGAAGAGUCGACGAGCAAGGCGCCCGCACUGGGGAGGGGGGCUGGUAUGUAGUUUUGAGGACAACAAUAAAAUUAUACUCGUGCGAACACCUAGCCGAUGUUGUUACUAAAACAUACGUAUUAAUUCAAGCGUGUUGUGGAAAUUCAGUAGCCUGAUCUAGAUUUGUACCCCGCUUCUCCCUUUAAAAAAGCUAAGACUAUUUUAGUUCAUUUUAGGGAUGGAUUCCUUUAGUCCGCAUACGAUGCCCAUGUUAACUUGCUUGCGUGCCAACCGAUAUGACGACUUGAUAUUGGCUUAAUAUUGCCCAGCGAAUGAAAUACCUAAAACAAAAGUUUCUGCCGCUACAAGUGCACGGCGUUACCUGCCGUAUGUCAAAAACGUUUUUCAAAAAGUUCCCAGGCGCAAUUGAGAAUUCGUUGCCACGAUUAACCAUGGCCAUUAAAAUUAAAAGCGAGUGGCGAGAUAAAAAAAAAGGAAAUGUGGUUCUGCAGGUCAAUGCGUGGUGACACAACUGCGAACAGGCACGCACCAGUAUAGCUACCUUAUUACAUGAAAUUUUCACCACUCCAUGUUUAUUUCGCGAUUUUGAUGUGCGCAUAUUUCGCGACGCGAUUUUCAGAAAAUUUUAUAUUUUGAAUCACUUUAAUUUCCUCGUUUUUGAGUGCAACAAUUUGCACUUCAUAGGCAAUGUUAUUUAACUUGUCCUUGAUUUAAAUAAAACGACUUUAUCAAAGGGACAAUAACGUCAAAAUUAAGAAAAACGCAAAAAGCGGUACUAAAUGUCAACAGUAACAACAAAGCAGUGAUGAUGAGCGAGGAGAAACGUCUGCCGUUCGCAGGCUAUCAAAGCUAUGACUGGUAGGUGAAUAACUAAAGGUGAUUUCCACUGAAUUGACUCUCAAUUUCGGGCAGGAUCUUAUCUAGAGAGGUGCAAAAGGUGUUGACACGAUGGUAAUCUUCUAGUUUCGACAGCGGAGGAGCAGCAUUAAGGUUUUGGUCAGAUUUUGGUUUUCUCCGACUAACGCUUGUAAGCGCGUUGAGGGUUUUCCUCGUGGCACACGAGCAUCGGGAAAUGAGAAAUCGGAUUCAGCAAUCCACGAUUUAAUCUUAACACUGAUACAUUCACACAGUUUCCACACUGAAGUGAAGCGCACCUCAAAGAUUCCAACUCAGGAUGGACACUGCAGGAAAGAAUUAAUGAAUUUUUUGACGAAGUUUCCACAGUGAGAGGGGCUGUUUUCUAUAUUUUCGCAACGAUUCACACAAUUAACAUGUCGCGAAAAAGGUAAUUAAAAAUAAAUGCAUACUUCAACCUCCUUCAGCUUAUGGUCCCCUCGAGCUUCUUGUCAAGUCGUUCUACUCACAAUAAUAGGAUAAAUACUACUAAAGAAAUUUUAGACAAUAGUGUUUCACUACGGAUCAAUGAGUGUCCAAAUACAGACUGGCCAAAGGAAAGAAAACGUCUAUUAACAGGGUACUCAAAAGAAAGUAAAUGAUUAUCAAUUGUUGAUUAUUAUAAGCUGAUAGUCUUUGUACAGCCGCUAAAGUUGCCCCUAAGAUGAUCGGCAACUUUUGGGCAACUUUUCCGAUUUCGAGCAACUUCUCUAAUUUGGGCAAACUUUUAAAUAUUGUUCAUUUGGGGCAACUUCUUAGUUUCUAAGUCAAUACUAUUAAAUAAUAACAGAACAAACUGGCACCACCUUUUUGGUCACUACCGUCACAUACCAUGUUAUAAGUUUCUAAACAUUGUGUAGUUCCAGAAAAUAUCCUCCAUACCCCUCACGGGGGGCAACGGACAUUUAGAGGGGAGGCGGGUUCAAAAGGAGGCAAUUUCCGAGGGGGUGGGUAAUAGUCUGUCAAGUCUUUUUUCCGGGGGCUCCGAGUAAGAUUGAUGAGCAAGCUAUCAGUUAUUAUACUGUUAAUCGUUUUUUCAAAGCAAAAAUUAUUGUUUUUAAAGGAAGGGGCCAUUUUCUGAUUUUUUUCUGGAGAGAGGGGGCGACACUACUCAGGAUAAUUACCUGGUUGCUUUGUUGUGAAGGAAUUAGUCUGCGUGCAAGCUCUCUGGGAGCCAGAGCCCCAACCUUGAAGUUAAGUUGUAAGUUGGCAACUACAACGAUAAACCUCUUUCCUUUUUAGAAGGGAUUCAUGCUAUAAUUUAUGGAAGGACCGGCCAUGAAAAUUCAAAACGACUCAAGUUCGUCUUUAAUACAAAUUUUUACUCUAAGGGUUUGCUGAAAGCAUGACCUUAAGUUUCAGCAGUGGCUAAUUUGCUAAUUAUUUUCUCAAAAGGUACCAUACAUCAGCAGUGAAUAA